UUCACAGCUAAUCUCUAGCUAGGCGAGCGUUGAGAGCGAGCAGGAAACGCGUCUCGUCUCGUCACGUCGUGUUCGAUCGUCUGGAGAAUGUUUUCACCAACUCUCCACCCGGCUACUAAUCCUCGGGUUUUUAAAUCCUCCCUUCCUCAGAUCCUCCAAUCAACAUAACACUUGGCUCGUAGUCGUCGUCGUCGUUGUCGUCGUCGUCUUCUUCUUCUGGCUAGUAGGGUUUUAUCAUCCGGCCGCUCAUCGCUGCCAACAAUCUGCUGUUACUUCGAUUCUGCCGUCUUUCACAUGGUACUAGCUAGCGGUACGGUGGUUGUACUGUUGCUCUAGCCGCGUCCGCGCGUGUGGUUGAUGCAAUGUAGUGCGCGCGCAUCGAUCAUAUUCAUAUCCAUAAUUCCAUAUCCAUAUCGGGACGACGACGACGUGCUGGUCGAUAUAUGGAGCAGAGGCAGCAGGAGCGGAGGACCGUGCCGACGACGACGACGUGCGGCGGGCGGCGCGCGAGGGCGGAGACGCGGCACCCGGUGUACCGAGGGGUGCGGCUGCGGGCGGGCAAGUGGGUGUCGGAGAUCCGCGAGCUGCGCAAGCCCAGCAGGAUCUGGCUCGGCACGUACCCCACGCCCGAGAUGGCCGCCGCGGCCUACGACGCCGCCGCAUUAGCGCUGCGGGGCGCCGGCGCGGCGCUCAACUUCCCCGACGCGGCGACGGCGCGGCCGCCGCCCGCGUCCGCGUCCGCGGAACACGUCCGGGCCGCGGCUGCGGCGGCAGCGGCCGCGGCCGCGGUGGGCUUGGGCGACAGCCGGCACUUCCACGGAAGGAGCGACCGGCGCGAGGUGCGUGGUCACAGUCACAGUAGCGGGGCCGACGAGUACGAGAGGUGCCACGGCGGCGGCGGCGCGGGCUCUAUGGAGGGCGUCGUGGACGAGGACGACCUGUUCGAGAUGCCGCGGCUCAUGCUGAGCAUGGCGGAGGGGUUGAUGAUGACCCCGCCCGUGCUGGGCCCUGCCCCUGCGGCGGCGGCGCUGGACGGCGACGAGGAAGGUGUCAGCCUGUGGGAUCACUCCUGAUGCGCUAGCUGGCGAAUCACACUACUGCUUCGACUUCGAGUAGUGGCAGGGGCAGGUGGUGUAAUACUGUAAUGUAAGAUGAGGACGCGCGCCACGUGCCGUCCCAUUGGAGAGCGUACAUGUGGUGGGCGAUCACACACCUGAUGUGGACAGAGGGAUGUGUUGGUGGUAGCCGGUAGGCCAACAUGUAUACGCUCUGCGAUGCACUUGUACGCACGUUACGUAGCAUGAAUCAUGGAAUGCAUGCAGACACGACACGAAUACGCACGUAUAACGAGUUUCCUACGUAUAUACUGUAGCUAUAGUUGCCGUUGUAUAUGGUGUUUUGAACCUCGGGCUAAUCACUACCUCUACUAUAUAUUAAACACUAGUUUUUUUAGUUC